AUGUCAACUCUAGGCGCAUAUACCUCUAUAGAAUAUGAAAACAUAGAAAUCCAACCCCUCGUAAGCAACGAAAAAGGGCAACCUAAGUAUCUAAAGCCUAGUGAUGAUUAUUCUAGUACUUUCGGUAUUAAGAAUCACAACCACAGAAGAGUCCUUACUUCACCAGAUUUCAAGUCUCUAGAAAUUGUAACUAGCGAGACAAUAAGCGAAAAACACGCCCGAGACAUCGAAGACUACGGUGAUAGUUUGAUCAUAAUUAUGCGAUCCGGCUAG